UGCCUGUUCCUUCAAGAGGGCUGUGCACCGGCUCUUUGCCACUGGAUGCCCGGACCAUGGGAAAGUUGGUGGUGCUGACUUUGCUCGGGGUCGGCUUGGCCCUAAUCGGGGAGAGGUUUGUGGUGCUUAGAGAUAGAAUGAAUGCAUUCCGAGAAGUGGAGUCAGUAGAGCCCCAUGACUGCCACCUCAUUGAGGGAAUUGAAUAUGGCUCUGAAGAUAUUGAUAUACUUCCUAGUGGGCUGGCUUUUAUCUCCAGUGGAUUAAACUAUCCAGGCAUUCCAAGCUUUGCACCCAAUGAGCCAGGAAAAAUCUUCAUGAUGGAUCUGAAUGAGCAAAACCCAAGGGUCCAGGAACUAAGCAUCAGUGAUGGUUUUGACAAAGCAUCAUUCAAUCCACAUGGGAUUGAUACUUUCAUCGACGAAGAUCAUACUGUGUACCUUUAUGUUGUGAAUCAUCCCCACAUGAGGUCGACUGUGGAGAUAUUUAAAUUUGAGGAACAACAACGUUCUCUGGUACACCUGAAAACCAUAAAACACGAACUUCUCAAGAGUGUGAAUGACAUUGUGGUUCUUGGACCAGAACAGUUCUACGCCACCAGAGACCACUAUUUUACCAACUUUUUCUUAUCACAAUUGGAGGUGAUCUUGGGCCUUAAGUGGACUCAUAUUCUUUUCUAUAGCCCAAGAGAGGUCAAAGUGGUGGCCAAAGGAUUUAGAUUUGCCAAUGGGAUCACAAUCUCACUAGACAAAAAGUACAUCUAUAUGGCUGACGCAAUGGAUAAGACCAUUCAUGUAAUGAAAAUUCACGAUAACUGGGAUUUAACUCAACUGAAGGCAAUCCAGUUGGACACCAUAGUGGAUAACUUAACUGUCGACCCUGACACGGGAGAUAUUUUGGCAGGAUGCCAUCCUAAUGCCAUGAAGUUGUUCAUCUAUGACCCUGAGGAUCCUCCAGGCUCAGAAGUACUUCGCAUCCUGAAUGUCCUGUCUGAGAAGCCCAGGAUCAUCACUGAAUAUGCCAAUAGUGGCUCUGUGCUUCAGGGCAGCUCUGUGGCUAUUGUGCACGACAGGAAACUUCUCAUAGGCACCGUAUUUCACAGAGCUCUACUGUGUGUUCUAGACUCCAGAUAAUCCAAAGAGUCGGCAAGUUCGGUAAAAGUAAACCCCAAAUGCUAUGAUAAGUGGGGCUGCAAAUAAAUCACAAACAUCAACAGAAGUGUGUCUGGCUUUUCUGAUGGACGGAAUUAAAGAAUCAGAGAGAUUCCAUAAGAUUCACCAGCUUGCAAGUGAAGAUAGUGGCAGUCCAACGAUAAGCCCAGGCUCUCAGCUCUUUUUGUCUAGCAGCCCAAUGUUCUUUCUGCAGUAAGAUGUGGAGAGUGAGGAGUCCAGCUCAUCUAGGACUCCUUGGUAACUAUGUGGCAAUAUCACCUCCUACAACUGUCAUGUUCUGAGCCUCCGGCAGUCCAGGUCAGAAAAGCUAAUGUUCAAAUAUUUACAAUUCCCCUUCGCUUCUGCCAACUGUGCUAGGCACAAACUGCUGAUCACAUGCCCAGCCCAUGCAUAAAAGCAAGAACUGGCAUCAUGAGACUCCCCAAAGACCUUCUCAAACUUACAUUCUCCCUAAAACGACACAGGAAAUCCGGUUCUGGGAAAUCUGACAGAGAGAGGCCUCACUUCGGACCAGCAGGGCUGAUCUCUUCCUUUGUAUACGUCUUUAUUUGUAUAAUUGUCCCCCUCUUAUCCAUGGUUUCACUUUCCAUGAUUUC